GAUACUCGCGAGGCGCCCUGUCACAUGAGCCGCGCGCCCGCUUCGCUCCCCCUCCUCCCCGGCUGGGCUGUGUGAAUGAAGCUCUGCCGGCUACGUGGGGCGCUCACUCAACUUGGUGUCCUGGACGCCAGAGCCGACCGAGCGCGCUGCCCACCGGCGGCGGACACGGACUCCGCCGCUCCUGACCUCGGCGAUAGAGCAAAUCAGUUGCCCGGAGUUCCCAGCGAAGUUGUACCUGUGCCCGUGCGAUAACGUCAGUGGAAGCUGCCCUGAGUUUGGGGCUUUAGCACCUUGCAGAAAACAGAGCCACAGAGCUGCCUUUCUUAUCAAGUCUCCCUAUAAAACUGAGUGGCUCUGGGAAACUCAGCCUGCGACCCCAGAGUGGGUGAAGAUAGGAUCAAGAUGGCCAUGUGGCAGGGUGCCAUGGAUAACAGAGGCUUUCAGCAGGGGAGUUUUAGUAGCUUCCAGAACAGCUCCAGUGAUGAAGACCUGAUGGACAUUCCAGCGACCGCUAUGGAUUUCUCCAUGAGAGAUGAUGUUCCUCCCUUAGACCGAGAAGUAGGAGAGGACAAGUCGUACAAUGGUGGAGGAAUAGGUUAUUCAAAUAGGAUCAUGGACUUCUUGGAGGAGCCAAUCCCUGGUGUAGGGACCUAUGAUGAUUUCAAUACAAUUGACUGGGUGAGAGAGAAGUCUCGAGACCGGGAUAGGCACCGAGAGAUUACCAAUAAAAGCAAAGAGUCAACAUGGGCCUUAAUUCACAGUGUGAGUGAUGCUUUUUCCGGCUGGUUGUUGAUGCUCCUUAUUGGGCUUUUAUCAGGUUCAUUAGCUGGUUUGAUAGACAUCUCUGCUCAUUGGAUGACAGACUUAAAAGAAGGUAUAUGCACAGGGGGAUUCUGGUUUAACCAUGAACAUUGUUGCUGGAACUCUGAUCAUGUCACCUUUGAAGAAAGAGACAAAUGUCCAGAGUGGAAUAGUUGGUCCCAGCUUAUCAUCAGCACAGAUGAGGGAGCCUUUGCCUACAUAGUCAAUUAUUUCAUGUACGUCCUCUGGGCUCUCCUAUUUGCCUUCCUUGCCGUAUCUCUUGUCAAGGUGUUUGCGCCUUAUGCCUGUGGCUCUGGAAUCCCUGAGAUAAAAACUAUCUUGAGUGGUUUCAUUAUUAGGGGCUAUUUGGGUAAGUGGACUCUGGUUAUCAAAACCAUCACCUUGGUGCUGGCAGUGUCGUCUGGCUUGAGCCUGGGCAAAGAGGGCCCUCUAGUGCACGUGGCUUGCUGCUGUGGGAACAUCCUGUGCCACUGCUUCAACAAAUACAGGAAGAAUGAAGCCAAGCGCAGAGAGGUCUUGUCGGCUGCAGCAGCAGCUGGUGUAUCUGUAGCCUUUGGAGCACCUAUAGGGGGAGUAUUAUUCAGCCUUGAAGAGGUCAGCUACUAUUUUCCCCUCAAAACAUUGUGGCGUUCAUUCUUUGCUGCCUUGGUGGCAGCAUUCACUCUACGCUCCAUCAAUCCAUUUGGGAAUAGCCGCCUGGUACUAUUUUAUGUGGAGUUUCACACCCCAUGGCAUCUCUUUGAGCUCGUGCCAUUCAUUCUGCUGGGCAUAUUUGGUGGUCUGUGGGGAGCGCUGUUUAUCCGCACAAACAUUGCCUGGUGUCGGAAACGAAAGACCACCCAGUUGGGCAAGUAUCCUGUCAUAGAAGUACUCGUCGUGACAGCCAUCACUGCCAUCCUGGCUUUCCCCAAUGAAUACACUCGGAUGAGCACAAGUGAGCUCAUUUCUGAGCUGUUUAAUGACUGUGGCCUUCUGGACUCCUCCAAGCUCUGUGAUUAUGAGAACCGUUUCAACACAAGCAAGGGGGGUGAACUGCCUGACAGACCGGCUGGCGUGGGAGUCUACAGUGCAAUGUGGCAGCUGGCUUUAACACUCAUCCUGAAAAUUGUCAUUACUAUAUUCACCUUUGGCAUGAAGAUCCCUUCUGGCCUCUUUAUCCCUAGCAUGGCUGUUGGUGCUAUAGCAGGUCGACUUCUAGGAGUAGGAAUGGAACAACUGGCCUAUUACCACCAGGAAUGGACCAUCUUCAAUAGCUGGUGUAGUCAGGGAGCUGAUUGCAUCACCCCCGGCCUUUAUGCAAUGGUUGGGGCUGCAGCCUGCUUAGGUGGGGUGACUCGAAUGACUGUGUCUCUUGUUGUCAUAAUGUUUGAACUGACUGGUGGCUUAGAAUACAUCGUGCCUCUUAUGGCUGCAGCCAUGACAAGCAAGUGGGUGGCAGAUGCUCUUGGGCGGGAGGGCAUCUAUGAUGCCCACAUCCGUCUCAAUGGAUACCCCUUUCUUGAAGCCAAAGAAGAGUUUGCUCAUAAGACCCUGGCAAUGGAUGUGAUGAAACCCCGGAGAAAUGAUCCUUUGUUGACUGUCCUUACUCAGGACAGUAUGACUGUGGAGGAUGUAGAGACCAUAAUCAGUGAAACUACUUACAGUGGCUUCCCAGUGGUGGUAUCCCGGGAGUCCCAAAGACUUGUGGGCUUUGUUCUCCGAAGAGAUCUCAUUAUUUCAAUUGAAAAUGCUCGAAAGAAACAGGACGGGGUUGUUAGCACUUCCAUCAUUUAUUUUACGGAGCAUUCUCCUCCAUUGCCACCAUACACUCCACCCACUCUAAAGCUUCGGAACAUCCUGGAUCUCAGCCCCUUCACUGUGACUGACCUUACACCCAUGGAGAUCGUGGUGGAUAUUUUCCGAAAGCUGGGACUGCGGCAGUGCCUGGUUACACACAACGGGCGAUUGCUUGGAAUCAUUACCAAAAAGGAUGUGUUAAAGCAUAUAGCACAGAUGGCGAACCAAGAUCCUGAUUCCAUUCUCUUCAACUAGAAUCAUAGAGUUCUGGAUAUAAAGCAGGAAGGACAUUACAGACCAUGGAUAUGUUUUAUUAACUGGGUACCCAAAACACAUUUUCCAUAUUUGGAUGGUGAAGUCGCAUUAGUGUCUUGUCUCUUUCCUACAAGUUAACCAGUUGCACUACAUAAUCUCUGGUAAUUAAUUUUCUCUUUAGGAGAAAUUACAGUUAGGCUUCCGUGAUGUUACAUUAGGAAGAUCUCAUGAAAGAAUAAAUAAGAUUGCUGUGGUUUAAUUAUAUUUGUUUUUUUUUUAAGAUUUUUUUAACUUAAAAAGUAGUUAGCCAAUAUGCAAUCACUGAAAACUAUGCAAGAAAAAUUCCAGCCGUCCUGACCUAUAACCUGUAGGAAACUGAUGAAAAGUCACUCUUUUGGGAUCUAACUGUUGUUACUGGAAGACAAAGUGUAAACUAAGGGGCUUUGCUUUUUCAAACCAGAGAAAGGAAAGCCAGAAGGAAAAGAGUAAUGGUAUUUUCUAGACUGUGAAGAUUCAGUUCAAAUGUUAUCCUUGUUCCUGUUACAAUAUUUAGCAUUAUUAGUUUGUUAUGUAUGUAUGUUUAUGUUAAUUUUAAUUUUGAUUAUAAGACAAUGCUGCUUUGGUUAAUCUCUUCUAAAUGAAUUUAGAGAGAUUGACUUUUAUAGCUUGCUUGUUCCUGGUACUCUUUUGAAGUGCACAAAGAUAAGUUAUAGAGCUUUCUCCUUGUCUGCUAAAAGGGUAAUUUUCCAGGUGGCAUUUGUUAGCUGGUACACAAGGACUUUGCCAUGAAUUUGUUAGUAGCAAGGAAUGAUUUCUUCCAGCUUCCUUGAAAUGAAUAAUUAGUAAACUUUUAAGCAAAGUCAAUGAGUAGGAGUUUCACAUUUUUGUGAGGUCCUAACUAAUUCUCUUACCCAGAUGCCACCUCCAUGAAUGAUGGUGCUUUAGGCUUCUGGAAUAUGUAAGAACAGCAAAGGGAACCAAGUCUAGACUGAAUACUGGUAAACCAGGGAAGAUUCAGAACUGCAUCUGCAUCCUCAUGCAUUCCUUUGUAAAGACCACCAGUACUAAAAUAACUGGACACCUCAUUGCACCUCCCAGCGAUAAGUACGUGUAGCAGGCCAGUGUAUUGUCCCCAUGAGCAUGAAUUAGGCUUGGGAUACUUCCAAAUAUAUUCAAGGUGUUGGAACAGGAUAGGCAGCUGUGACUCCUGCAAGAGUCCUUAGAAUUCUAAAUAAAAUGCAGAGCCAUCCUAAGACCCAGGAGUAUGGACAAGGCCUGGUGACACCAAAGGUGCUUGUAUCCAAUUGAAAAGGUGCCUGUCUCAAUUUCAUACCACCUUUAUUGCAGUUAAAAAAAAAAUCACACUCUGGGGACACUUGGUGGAAUUACAGAGCCACCAUCAUCAUUCUAACCACUAUUUCAUUUUCUGUAAUUUUACCUAUGUGCAAUUACUCCCCCUCCAUUCUGUUCCACUUCUUAUCCUAGUACCAAAUCCUCUGUUUGGGGCUGAGCACUGCUCCUGGUUAAUCAUUCCUACUACAAAAAAAUAACUCCCAGGCCUAGUUAAAUGGUAAACCAAGGCUCAGCAGUCUCACAACACGUGGACCAGAGGUGACACACAGCCAUUUUCUUUGCCAUGUGGCCCCGUUGCUGCUGCCAUGCCUCCAUUUCCACACUGGAUGCCUAUGGCAGUGAGAUUUCACUGCCGGGGUAAGAGUUCAGCCUGGAUCAUUUUAUAGCUCUGUUCCGAGCACUUCCCACCAUCCUUCCAGCCCAGAAUCGGUGGUCAUUCUGCAUAUUCCCACCAACCUUCUACCCCCAAACACUUCAGUGUACCUCAUUUUAAGAGUUGCUGAUCCCUGAUUCUAGGACAUUUUUACCCCUAGUUCUUAUCUUUCCAAAAUCUGAAAUUCCUUUUUUGGCUCAGAACUGGGUAGCCAAGGGUUAUUUUAUUUUUAUCUUUAAAAUAAUCAAGGCGGUCGCUAGAGUUUCUCCUUGUGAAUAGAUGACUCUAGCACUUUAAUGAAAAAGAAAAAAUCUCUCUGGGAUAUGUUAUAUCAUAGUCAUGGCUCAGUAACUAUGUAUUUUGUCCUUUCCAUGCCACUGAUUCCUUCAUAUGAGACUAUUUGACUGACUACCCUGUAUAUUGUGUAGAAAUCAAAGUCCUUAUCUGUACAUUUCUGGUCCAAUACCUGUCUUAUUAGUUGUCCUUCCCCACUAAAGUUUGCAAAACAGAAAAUGUUACUAUUUCUGGUAUUUAAUGACAAUGAAAGGUUUGGUCAUAUUUCAUAGUGCAGUAGCGAUAAGGAGGGUGUCUUAAGUUUGCCUUUGUGUUUCUUCUGGGCUUUGUUCUUGAUUUUAGACAGAUGAGCCAGUGUUAAGGUGCUACUUCAGAAAAUACAUUCGAGAAAUCAGAUAACACUGUGCCAAGGUAUACUUUGUAGAUGCUAAGCACCAAUUGGCCCUCCAGAGAAUGACAAUAUCCCUUUGAUACCUCACUCCUGAUCAAUCUCAUUCAUUAACUUCAGCUUCUCAGGAAUCCUUGUAGCUUACAUGCUAGAAGUAGCUAUAGUAUAUGGUAUCCACUAUACAUCCAAUCCUAUGGUUUGGCUCAAAGUUUGGCUAAUUGCGGCUAGAGCUCUCAACUGCUAGCUCAGCACCUUGACACUCUGUUUCUUGUCUUGUGGAAAAGGAAAAUGUUCUUUCUGCCAUUGCCACUUUAACAGUUGGACAUGCUUAAGCAACAAAUACAGCCAGUACAGAGAGGACUGUCAGUAGCAUCAAAUGGCCACAUACCUCAAUGGCAGAAGACUAGAUGGUUUGUGAUUUAAAAAUUAAUGAGUCCAGAUGAGACUAUUUUGGUAUUAAAUGAGAAAAUUGCCUGACACAAGGGAAGGGUUUACAAAAGAAUGCCAAUUAGUGUUUCAACGGAGUUAGGAUUUUCCAAGGAAGAGUAGCUGGUAGCCAUCCAGCCAUAAAAUGAAUGAGAGUCUAUAGAUUUAUAAAAGUGAAACUACUAUAUUUUGUAUCUUCAAAUCUUCAAUUUAAAGAAUUUAAAGAACCUGAAACAGUUAAUGCGUGAUUCGUUAUAUUGAAGGGAAAAAACAGGGGACUGAUAAUACAAAAUAAUGGCAACUUUAAAGAUCAUUUCUACUUGGAUGUUUGGUUAGAAACAUAUUCCAAUGCUCUCCUCUUUCUCUGGCCACAGCAUCCUGGCUCAGCCCAGCUGUGGAGUAGAGGUGGUAAGAUCCACAGAACAGAUAUCCUCUGGUAGAUAAGCUGACAUUGAUGAUACUUUGAAUUUGCCAGCUGGUGAAGCAAACGAUUAAUUUGUGAUUGAACUGAAAAGCAGUUGAAUUGUUUUGGCACCAAAGGCUGAAUCUAAACCCUUUACAGGAAGAGCAGAGCAUAGUAUACAUUUCUUAGCAAAUUUUCAAUUCUGUUUGAACAUGAUGAAGUAACCAGGGCUUAGUGAGAUCUAAGGCCAUGAAGUAAUUCACAACCAAGAUCUUAUGAAUGCAUUAAGGUGUGAGGGGGCAAAUAUGUUUUCAAAAACUUCGUGUGCAAUAGAGUCCAUUAUAGAAAUUAACCACUGCUGUAUGUUUUAAGUAGUUUAAUCACCUGUUGCGGUUCAGUCUUGAUUUUCGUUUAUUUUACUAAGUGAUGAGUAGGAAGAUGUACUUGUUAUCCCACACUAUCUCUUGUUUUGUUUUUUUUUUUUUUAAAUAAUGAACAGUGCAAUCUUUGAAGUUGAGUUUUUAAUAAUGAUAGCGAAGACAAUGGUGAGAACUUGAAACAGCUAACAUAUUUUAUAUUGCCAAAGUACUUACUGAUGACUGACCACACUGUUUUGUGAGGAAUUGGGUCCCCUACACUGGAUCAGAGCCAAAUGCAAGCCACCCAUCAGUUCAGAGGAAGCAGGAGAACAUCUUUUGGGUGGUUCAUAGAACGUUGAGCUCUUAAAAACCCUGAGAAAAAUUAGGAAUUUAGAAAGUAAGUGGGAGGUAGAAUAUUGAGUCCUUUUUAAAAAAAAAAAAAAAAAAAAUUAGAUGUCUAAAUAUGUGGUCUGAACUUAAGUGUCCUAAAACUUUGAUUUUUUUUUUUUUUUUUUUGAGAAGGAGUCUUGCUCUGUCGCCAGGCUGGAGUGCAGUGGUGCAAUCUCAGCUCUCUGCAAUCUCUGCCUCCCGGGUCCAAGCAAUUCCCCUGCCUCAGCCUCCCAAGGAGGUGGGACUACAGGCGCACACCACCAUGCCCGGCUAAUUUUUGUAUUUUUAGUAGAGACGGAGUUUCACCAUGUUGGCCAGGAUGGUCUCGAUCUCUUGACCUCGUGAUCUGCCCAUCUUGGCCUUUCAAAGUGCUGAGAUUACAGGCAUGAGCCACUGCACCCAGCCAAACCUUGAUUUUUUUAGCCACCUCUGGGAUUGCCUGGGUUCCCUUUGGAGAAGAAACUAAGAGUUAUAGCCAUGGAAAAAGCCCUGGUAAGAAAAUAUUUGAAUGGUGUAAGAUGGUGGAAGGAAAGCCAUCCCACACCCCUAUAACAUGUUCUGGCCUUUAUAAACUGCUUGAUCGUGUGCCCCAAGGGGAAAAAAAGUCAAGUAAUCCUCCAAAGGCCAGGCUUUCUACGAAAAUGAGUGGUUCAAAGCAGUGUUUGGCUCAAGGGCAGUCUAGUUUUAUAGAUAGGGCCAACCUAAGACAUCUGCUCAUGAAGAAAUGUGGUAUCUGUUGCCAUUUCCUAAACUAUAAGGUUUAGAUAGAUUGUCUUGAAUUUUGAUAGCAAUUUUUUUUUAAAUAUAUAUUUUUGCCUCCUCGUAUGUCCUUAUUAUAUAUAUAUAUAUAUAAAAAGUGAGAGUUCCUCAGAUCAGAGCUCAGGAGCUGCGUCAAUUUGAAGUUCAAUCGGUGUAGUUGUCCUGAGGUGAUCGCUGACUCUGCUCUGUUUCAUAUUUCAGUUGCUUGCUCCAAGGAGAGAAGUUCUGAGAACAAUGGCUGUUAGCAACUUUAAGUUACUCCCCAAAAGUUUGCUGGCCAUAUUCUCAUUUCUAAACAUCUGGAUCUGGGUAAAGGUUUGAAUAGAUAGAUGUAGGGAACAAAAUUGGUUUUUCCAUGGUGUAGUCUAAUUUUGCCAAAUCACCCAAGAAAGAAAGUAUAUGACAUGUGGAGUUUGCAUUUCUUGGAUAGGACCUAUCAGAUCACCCAGCCCAGUCUUGCAGUCAUAAAUUCCUACCUCUUAGUUCCUGCCAAAGGGCCUUCAGCCUCUGUGUGCACACUCAUUGAAUGAAUGCUUUGCCUAAAAUUUGGCCUUUUGAAGAAAAACAGUAUGUAAUAAUAUAAAAAUAUGAGAGUUAAAAAAGAAAAGAUCUCUGCCUCUCCUCUCUCUGCCUCAUCCACCUUGCCAUUUGUCUUGUUCUCUUUCUCUCCCCACACCAUGCCCUGAAUUCAAAUUUCUCUUUGUUUUAUUACAGGCAUGUUGUUUUGAAUGUGGACUUUGUGGGAGGGAGAUGAUUGUUCUGAGAACAGAAACUGGAAGAUACUUCUGAGUUGAUGGGACCAGCAGGGCUUUGCUCCUCUGUGAGGGCCAAAGCCAUUGAUACUUGUCGGGGGUGAUGAGGGCUUUAGCAUCUCAAGGCAGACAUAUGAAGUAUUUACUGCUAAACUGUAUUACCUACUAGUUCAAAUCUGUUGGAAUUCAGGGACAGUCUAAGAUUUGGUGAGUGAAAUGCCAUCUGGCAAAAUUGAGAAGAGGGUGUGGCCUGAGAGGGGAAUGUUCAGCCUCAGUAUCACAUUAAGGGUACCUCAAAAUACAUGGUCCUUCCAGCUUGUUCCUUUUCCUCCCUCCAUUUCACUUUGUCCCCUCUUCUUCCUUUCUGUCCCAUUGUCCUGCCUUUUUAGCACUCAGCUUUUUAUAUAAGUAUGUAUUUCCUUUUUAUUAUGUAUUUGGUCCUUUAGGACUAUGUGAUGAUUAAGAAUUUAUUCCAUUCAAGAUUUUAAAAUUAUGUGUUUAAUAUUUUGUUCUCUUAAACUGUCUUUUGAAGCUAUGCUGCUAACCAGGUAUAGGCCAGAAAGGAGGUGGCCCUGUCAGUACCUUGGUCACAUCAGCUAAGGGGGACAGUGAUGUCAUGUGGGUGACUCUUCUUCAUUUGACCAAGGCCAGCCUCCUGCUCUUACCUCUGCCCAUUCAUUUCUGGCUAUGGGAAAACUACCACCUGUUGGGUGAGCCAAUGAGGCCAGGAAGAUCAGAGGGGCUGGGUUACAGCCCAUGGGCCACUAUUUGAAUUUCUCUGUAGUAAGCUCUUUGUAGGGCUGGCUCCAACUGCAGUAGCCAAAGAAAACCUGUCUGACUCGACAUUUUAAUGCCUGAGAGUUGGUGAAAGUUCAGCUGAAGCUAAUGUCUAGACAUCAACAGUAACUAGGCAUCCAGAAAGUAGCUUCAACCAAAGCUAAUAGAGCCCAAGUUUCUGCAGGAGGUUUGGUGCUGAGCUGUCCUAGAGCAGUUGUUUAUCUGAGUGUUGCUAUCCCUUAGCCAUGCUUUCUUGGCUUUGUUCUCGCCUGUUCUUAGGCAUAGCCUGAACCAGAGCUAUGGCUCACUGCUCGCUUUAGUCUACUCCCUAGUCAUGUGGAACAACAUAGUCUAAAAAGGAAGAUGUGGACUAGGGAGUUAGGAGACCUGAUUUCUAUUCCCUAUGCUUCUACUAACUAGCCUCGAGAUCUUAACCGCUCUGUGCCUCAGUGUUCCCAUCUGCAAAAUGGGGAUAGUGUUAAUUGCCCUACCUACCUCACAGGGUUGUUGUGAGGAUAAACUGAGACAAUGAAUUCAAAGUACGUUGACAAGUAAGUGCUAUGCAAAUUGUAAGAAAUGGAAACAAUCAUGUUAAAGGCAAUGGAAUGGACAUUGGCAGAAGGGUUAAUGGAUUGUCCAGCCCUUUCUCUGUGUGGCUUAAACCCAGGUCGCCAUUGCUUUAUACAUUUCCACUUAGCACAGAUUUGUAAUUAUGCAUGUAAUAAAGCACAGCCUUAUCCAC